AAGUGAUACAAGUCAUACAACCUACAUAAUACCAACUUCUGCACUUCGCCCUCACCCUCACCCCCGCCCUCUAUCCACCUCCCCGAUCAUCCAUCCUCUCGCCAACUGUGAACGAAGAGUCACUGUCAGAGCUAUCGGAAUCAUGGCGUCGGCGACUGGCAUUCCACAACUUACACCGGACGAGAUUGCGCGCCGCGAUCCGGUUCCUACCUUGGGACUCGCAGAGGAUGAACCGCUCCUUGGCCGCCGAGGAGCUGCAUCACAGCGGGAAGGGAGGGCAUUGGGGUGGAAUCUGAUUCUCGGGACAGCCCUCAUAUCCCAAGCCGGGAUCAUCGUCCUCAUCGUCCUCAUCUUCUCCGCUAUCUUCACCCACCAAUUUUCCCUCUUCUCUUACCAUCCACUCUUCAACAUCUCCGCCGUCGCCCUCGUCACCCAAGCCGUCAUCAUCCUCCAGCCGACCCACACAACCUCCCAAAAGAUAUCAGGGACUCACGUCCACGCUGCCCUCCUUGGCGUCGCAAGUCUGGCCUUUGCAGCGGCCUUCACGAUAAUAGAAUACAACAAGUUCGACCAUGGCGUUAAUCACUUCACCUCUGCGCACGGUCGCCUCGGGUUCACGACUUACAUCUUGAUCCUCCUCCAGGCCCUAAUCGGCGUGACACAGUUCUUUGUCCCAGGGCUUUACGGUGGCGUGGAGAAGGCAAAGAGGGUGUAUAGAUGGCAUCGUGCGAGCGGGUAUGCACUGCUGCUGCUGAUGCUAAUUACUGUGGCAGCGGCGGCGCUAACGGAGACUGGAGGGGACGUGUUGGGAUUGAAGUUGGGGCUUGUGGGGGGUGCGGCGGCGUUGGUUGCGGUUGGCGUAGCGGCGAGAGUUAGGCCCGGGAAGUUUCGAUUUGGAGGAGGGGUAUGGGCGAGUCAUGAGGUUCAGGAUAGUGCUGGGGAGGGGGUGGUGGCAUGAGAGUGGCCCAUGUGGACAGUGAGUAUCUGUGAGCGUGCGUUUGAGUUUCGUUAAUGAGCAAUGGAAGGAAAUAUAUAUGCAGGGUAGUGCCCAAUUUAGUUCAGUCCAUAUAUUUUUCUAUGAGGCCACUAUUCGUUGCAUGAGACGAGCCAGAGCGGCAUGGAGGCCGGACCACUUCUAAUUGGAAGCACAUUAUGGACCCUACAAUCACUCAUCCUUCGGUCAGGUCGCCGACUGCGAUGGGGGGAUCAGGAUGAAGUUUCACCCAACGUUAGGUAAGGCUAGUAUUAUGCGUG